UGAUGUGGUCUGACCAUCAAGCAGCACAGUCUUCCUGAGUAUAGCGUGGCAGAAAACCAACUCUCUAUGCUUUCUUACAUUCACUACAAGCCUUUAUGGAUUCAUUUUUAGCUCUGUGCGACCAUCCACAUUCACAAAACAGAGCAGGCAUGUGGCUUUUCAGGGUGGGGUGGCAUCAGAGGUUCACCCUGUUGUGUUCGCUGUUUGUCUGGAUUUUAGCAGCAUCAUUUAUCUCUUCUGUCAAGGCCAUCACCGUGUUCGAAGGGGCAAAUGUUCUUUUCCCAGUGAAUACAACCAUUGACCUGGACAGCAUAAUUCAGUGGAGUUUCAGUCUUCAUCAGAAUACCCGACUGCUGGCCAUGCUUGCCAACUCAGGAGGCAUUCACAUUCUGGACAGCAGAUUCCAGAUCACAGGGAAUGGGUCCCUGGUACUUGAAGGUGCCCGAUCUCAGGAUGCAGGAGAUUACAUCUGUAGCAUUAUCCUUUCGAAUGGAACCGUUCAAAAGAAUACAGUCAACCUGCAAUUUCAGCCACACAAUAUCAGCUUGGGGACUAUGGAGAAGAACUCUACAUCCACUCAGAGCCCAGAUGCUAAGGAGGAGGGGAACUCCUUCUGGACAGUCAUCAUUACCAUAACAUGUUCAGUAGCAGCAGCUGUGGUCUUCCUUGUGGGCAUAUCAUCAGGAAUUAUCUACAGAUGCAGAAAGACUGAUGAAGCAAUUUAUGUUAACACGGCCUACGUAAAGGACAAGAGGUCAACUAGGCCACAACCCCACCUACUGCAAGAGCCUUCCAGAGUUGCCGCUGGGUUGAAGAUUUUAGACUAGCUCUUUAACAGCAGAAAGGCUGUUGCUAAAUUAGAACUUUUGCAAACAGCUUCUGAAACACUGGUGCUGUUGCCUCAGUCCCUUUCCGGGACUUCAUUUGAGAGACUGUGAGCAUGAAUUAACUGGAUGGAUUUUGACUUGUGCUUGAGUUCUUAUCGGCCUGGCUCUAACCAGAAAAGGCUGGAACCCUGACAAUGUCACCCGCCCCCAUUAUAUUGCCAUAUUAAUACUCUUGCACCACUAAAGGAGAAUUCUGGACAUUUCUCACAUUGAUAUCUGUUUCUCAAAGUCACUGAGUACUGUCGGCAUGGAAAAAAAACAAGUAGCCAACAGCUAGAGUAGCCAGGCAGCUACAGUGCUACACUCUAGCUUGAAUAAAUGUAAACAAUUACACAAGGAUCACAAAAUCAUAAACUAGAGGGGACUGCUCAGGUCUGUUCAUAUACUCAGCCCUUUGAUCAAAUUGCUUUCUCAGUAAAACUAUCCAGUCAGUGGAACGGUAUUCCUGUUAGACAACAUUCUGUUUUAUCAGUGUAAUGCCCAUUAUGUAUUGUAGUUUUAGUAAUAUGUGUAAAUGUGUUAUAUUUCAUGUCUGUCUUGUGACAUGCGUACAUCUAUCCCCCUCACUGUGUAUUUUCAUGUAUUUGGUUUUUUUUUUACCCGUAUGCCUGAUUUUC